GAGGGAUGGUGGGCGUGACCGGGCGGCGGUAGGCGUGGCCUGGCGGGUUGCGCGCUCCUGAGUUCUUCGAGCCGCGACUUGGCAGACCGAGCUAGGGCUGAGUGGGCCGCUAUGUUUCUGUCUCUGGCGGGCGCUCGGCCCCGGGCGAGCGAAGUCAGCGCCUCGGAACGCAGGAAGUGGGUGGAAGUAGGUGUCGGAGCGCCUCUCGACUUCCACUGUGAGGUAUUUAAAGCAUGCGAUGAAGAUAGAAAAGGAUACCUAAGCAGAGAAGACUUCAAGGUUGCAAUUGUGAUGCUGUUUGGGUACAAGCCGUCCAAGAUAGAAGCGGAUUCUGUGAUGUCUUCGGUGGAUCCUAACACUUCUGGCAUAUCACUUGAGAAGUUCUUAAACAUCUUAAAGAAAAAGAAGGAAGCUCAGCUCUAUCGGAAUGAGAUAAGGCACAUCUUCACAGCUUUUGACAUGCACUAUCGUGGAUUUUUAACUUUGGAAGAUUUCAAAAGGGCCUUUAGUCGGGUGGCGCCCAAGCUACCAGAAAGGACUGUCCUCGAGGUGUUCAGGGAGGCAGAUCAAGACUCCGAUGGUCACGUCAGCUUCAGAGACUUCGAAUAUGCCAUGAACUAUGGACAGGCAAAGUGAAGCCGAACUAGUGUGAGCUACUUUUGGAAAUUCUGGACAGAACAAUAGAUGGUAAUAUAUUUGAAGGUCACACAAACCUCAUUCUAGUAAAAAUGUGAUACUACAUGCUUGUGAGUAAACUCUUGAUCAUAGUUGUUGAA